GCUGGAUAUCUGUCUUCAUGCUGCAGAAAAAGGCACGCUGACCUAUUCGAAAUCAAAGAAAGCGCAGGGACGCAGUCUGAGAGGAAGCAGCGGGUCCCUGCGGAGGAAGGUAGGGGGGCUACGAGCAUGAUGACUGGGAACAGACCCAAUCUGCAGCCGGGGGCAGAUGGUUGUGGCUAUACCACUUUCCAAGUUAAGUGUCAUAUUGAAUCAAGUCCAUUUGGAAAGGCUCAGCACACAGGCCCAGUACCAUGUAUUCAUCAAACUGGAAAGAAGCCGUGGGCAAAAGCUGCACCAACCAGGAAGUCAAAUCUAGAAAAACCUCAAGUACCUCCUAAGCCAGCUCAUCUCCUAUCAGGGGGACAAGGGAGCCUGGGUCUGAGAAUCCCCCCAGCACCUUCAAGACCGUUGCCAUCCAUACCUAAAGCCACCAGAAGGUUCGGAAGAAGAGAGCGGAAUCAGAAGAACACAUCGGACAUCAGUGUGCUCAUCGAAAAGUUUGAGAGUAUCAGACAACCUGUUAAACCUGUCAAACAGAGCCGUCUGAAUUCUAAUCUCAAGAUGGAACCUGGAUCAGGACCUUCCAAAUGCCCCCAGUCAUCACGGAAUGACUCAGCUCUUGAGAGUGGAUUUUCUGCAGAUGACCAGACAGGACCAGAUGACAAUGAGACGGCUAGGUCUCACAGCCCCGAUAUGUCAAAUUCUGAUAACAUGAAAUUUAAGGACUUGGGCAUCACUGACAUCAACGGUUGUGGAGAAAGCUCAUCCGUACAUAUCAUCGCGGAAUCAAAUAGGGACAAUGACAAUGAGGACCUAACAGUAGAUCAAAACGACAACGGUAAAAUACCCAACCGAGACAGUGGUAUUGAUAGCCCCUCAUGUUGUGUAGUUGGAGAGGUGUUUUCUAAUGAUGAGACUGUUGAACCAAGAAAGCUCAUAUUACCUGUUGCAACUAUUGGAAUGAGUACAAGCACAUCCAUCGACCAAAAGAGGGACUCCACUCAGGAUGAAGAUAGUGACAUGGAUGAAGGAAGUAGUGAGGAACACGAAAGCACAGAACUGACAAAACCUGAAAGCAGUGACACCACCAAGUGCACAGAACCACAGAAGCUAUUUAAUAUUGCCAAUGAGCUGCUCCACACAGAAGAGGCCUAUGUCAAGAGACUUCAUCUGCUCGAUCAGGUAUUCUGCACAAAAUUAUCCGAGGCUGGAAUUCCACCAGAAGUGACCACGGGAAUAUUUUCUAAUAUUUCUUCCAUCUACUGCUUUCAUUGCCAGUUCCUUUUGCCAGAACUCAAGACGCGUAUAACCCAGGAGUGGAAUACACACCCACGGAUUGGGGACAUUCUACAAAAGUUGGCUCCAUUUCUGAAGAUGUAUGGAGAAUAUGUAAAGAACUUUGACAAAGCUAUGGAUAUCGUGAAUUCCUGGACCCAGAGAUCUCCUGUUUUCAAGGAGGUCAUUCAUACAAUUCAGAAAGAGGACGUGUGUGGGAAUCUGACAUUACAGCAUCACAUGUUGGAGCCGGUCCAACGAAUUCCUCGCUAUGAACUUCUUCUAAAAGAUUAUUUAAAGAAGCUGCCCGAGGACUCGGCGGAUAGAAAGGAUGCAGAGAAGUCCCUGGAGCUUAUUUCCACCGCAGCGAAUCACUCAAAUGCAGCCAUUCGAAAAAUGGAAAAGAUGCAUAAACUGCUGGAAGUGUACGAGCGCCUGGGAGGGGAAGAGGAUAUUGUGAACCCAGCGAAUGAACUCAUCAAAGAAGGACAUAUCCAGAAACUAUCUGCGAAGAAUGGAACAGCACAGGAUCGCUAUCUAUACCUGUUUAACAGCAUGAUGCUAUACUGUGUCCCCAAACUGAGGCUGAUGGGACAGAAGUUCAGUGUCCGGGAGAAGAUAGACAUUGCUGGAUUGCAGGUUCAGGAAUUUGCAAAACCAAAUGCCUCUCACACGUUCCUGAUAACAGGAAAGAAGCGAUCGCUGGAACUGCAAACCAGGACAGAAGAAGAGAAAAAAGAAUGGAUCCAGGUUAUUCAAGCCACAAUUGAAAAGCACAAACAAAACAGUGAAACAUUCCGGGCGUUUAACAGUUCGUUCUCGCGGGAGGAGGAGUAUUGUCCAGACUCGCCGAUAGCAACUUUGGGAUCAUACGAUUCAGCACCAGGAUCUGACAGCUGCAGUUCACCAGGGGGACCAGAAUCAUUCAGAAAAUCAACCAAGAUUAAACGUGACAAAGAGAAGCAGAGCUGUAAAGGAUGUGGAGAGACCUUCAACUCCAUUACAAAGAGGCGACACCAUUGCAAGCAGUGUGGAGCAGUUAUCUGUGCAAAAUGUUCUGAAUUCAAGCUCCUUGCAGAAAAUGCACGAAAUAAUCGGGUUUGUAAAGACUGUUUUGCUGUGAGCUCUGCUCAGUGCAGUCCGGGAGGAGCUGACAUCCCCGAAAAUAAGAAGAAAGCUAAUCUCGAGAAACAACUGUCCUCAUCUCCAGAAAACAGUGUGAUCAGCAGCAGCCUAUUGUUCCUAGAGAAGGGGAAGACGUGGAACAAAAUGUGGGCAUAUAUCCCAAAAAGUGAGCCUCUUGUUCUCCAUCUCCAGGUUUGCAGUCAGGAUGGACGAAGUCAGCGCGCUUUUCCACUACCAGGCUAUGAAGUCAGCUUACCAAGUGCCAGCGACAAAGUGGACUUAAAGCAUGUAUUUAAACUAACCCAGUCCCAGCAAACUUUACUUUUUGGUGCAGAGGAUGAAGAUUUGCUUAUGAAGUGGAUAGGAGCUCUAGAAAAAGCAUCAAAAGGAGAGACCACUUAUGAUACAGAACCCCUGGAAAAUAUCUAACGUUCACUCUUCAUAAACUUUUAUGGUUCUUUUGCAAAAACCAGAAAAUCUCGAGUAUUGACCCUUUGACAGCAAUGUAACUUCUUGAUUUUAUCGUGUCUACAUAUUAACAUCUGUGGUGUUCCCCAUCAUACGUUUCAUAUUUGUACCAGUGUACAAUGAGUAUCCCGUUCUAUAUUCCUUGAGGUAGACCGCUCGGAGGUAGAACAGAUGUCAUAAGGUUGCAGAGACAGCACAAUGUUUUUUCAGUCUACUGUUUUGUAUAUGUGUAUUUAAGUAAGAAGAUAAAAAUCAUCCAAAAUACUAUUAAGUGCAAAUUGUAUAUGUGAAAAUAGUUUAAUUAUUGUUACCGUUUAAAUAUCCAGAGAUGAAAGAAUAAAAUACAGGUUUUACAGAAACAUGCAAAAUAACCAAGGCCUUGCCAGAAUAAUUUUGGAACUACAUACAAGGAUGUGGCUGGCCACGUACCGUUCCUACACCUGUAACCUCCUGGCAUCCACAAAUAUUUGUCGUAAAUGUCCAAUAUUGAGUAUUACUCUUCAGAUUGAGUGUGUAUGUAUGCCCAUUUGACAUGCCAUGUAACAAUAGACAUGGGGAGGAAAAGUCCGUAAGUGUUGUCUUUAUGUUAAGCAUUAUAGAAGGACGUUUCCACCAUCCCCCGGCACAUGAAGAAAUCCCUCGACCAAGCACCUUCUGCAUGUUUAAAUAGCUGUAAACCCAUUUUUAUAAAGUCUGUUUGAAAUGACAAUUUUAGCACUGCUGGGAACAUACGUUUUUUUAUCUGUUCUUUCUGGUUAACCUUGUGUUUCUAUUUAUGAUUUGUAAAUAAUGUUCUAUACAUAUUUUCAGACAUUUUAAAAAGAAAAUAAGCUAAUAAAAAGUUUAGCACAGAGCGACUCGGGAUAUAUUUUCUGUCCAUAUUUAUGUAAUGUACGGCCCUGUUCACACCACGUUUUGCUGCUCAUGUAUACCCUCAAUGUGCCAAUAGGCCCAAUGUAUUCUAGAACAGCAUAUAAUAUUGGAGUCAGUAAGUAACGUAAGCAGCUAUAUAUGGCAUACGGUUGAAUACUUCAGAGCUAUAUUGUACAUGUAGCAGUGUAAAUGUCGGGGGAGUUUUGCAAGCGUUUGAACAUUGAAGACGUGGUGUGAACAGAGCCUGAGGCUAUUCUGAAUUCUGUUUAAUGCUCAAAAUUAGGAUGAAAUCAUUUAGAGUUUCCAUGGUUCUUGAGUAUCGUGAACAGUAUGGUGUUUUCUGGUAAUAAGCACAUCCACCGCUGGGUUGAAGAAAAUAAAGUUUGUCAGAUUGCUGGG